AUGAUAAAUUAUUCAGGAAAAUUUUAUAUUAAUUUAAUUUUAUUAAAUAAAAAAAUAAAAAACUCUUUUAAUCGUAUGUUCUCAUCAAAUUCCAUUUUUCAUCAUAAAACUGAUUUAAUAAAAAUUAAUGAAGAGAUAAAUAAUUUAGAAGAGGCACUUAUUAGGCGUAUUUCAAAAAUGAAUAAUACAGCAUUAGCAUAUUCAUGUGAAGAUAUAAACAAAAAUAAAAUUAACAACCCUCAUUUAUGGGAAUUAAUUUACAAAAGAACAAGAGAAAUAAGUAAUUCAUUUGUAAUAAGUGAAUUAGUUGUAAUGUUUCAUGCUUAUUGUAAAAGCAUAUCAUUUGAUCCAAAUUUCAUAAAUUUAAUAAACCUUUUUUGGAAUUUACUUGAAAAUAAAUUAUGUGAUCUUGAUUAUUUAUCUUUAAUAGCUUUAUAUGUCUGUGCUGAAAAAACAAAAAAUUCUCAAAAAAAAAAAGAAAUAGGUAAUUUACUUUUGGAGUGUAUAUUUAGUGGAUGUGAAAAUAUUAAACUUAAAGAAGAAGGACUAAUGAUAAUUUUAAAAAUAUUAUGUAAUUAUAAAAAAAAAAUUGAUGAAAAACAUAUUAAAAAUAUAUGUAAUAUUAUACAAAAAGUUGAUGUAAAAGAAAUAAGGAAUACAUUUUUAUGUAUGCAAUUUUUUUUAAAAUACAAAGAAUUUGAUGAACCUUUCAUUAUAAUAUUAAAAAAAAUUCAGUCAUUAUUAAUUUUUAAAAAUGUAAAUCCUUAUCUUGUUUUAAAACACUUGUAUUUUAUAUCUAAUAUUAAUAAUCCUAUCAUUUUGCAAGAAGUUAAAAACACUUUAUCUAUUAUCUAUUUAUCACAUAAUAUAAAUAAUGGGCAAUAA